AUGGAAUUGAAUGAACUAGCAGCUGCAGCAUUAUGUUAUGAUUAUGACGAGGGCCCUAAACUGAAAGCUAAGGAGAAGGUGCAAACGAAAUGCUUUACUUUUCCUUAUCCCGGAAGAGCUUAUGAUGAAGCCAUGGAUGCUUUGUCUUCUACCAUCACCAAAAAGAGUCGUUCUCGUAAACCAGUCUCUGACCAUAGAUUUGAGCGGGUGUUUGACUAUGUUAAGAUUUUGGAUUUGGAGAAGUAGAUUUCGCAGAUGAAGAUCAUCCAUGUUGCAGGCGCUCAAACGGAAAGGUAAUGUGUUAAUAUAUAUGUAUGUAUUACAUUAUUUUCGUCUUACCCAUUCUCCCUAAGGGCCCAUCAUAUGAUGUGUAUGAUUAUAGGGCUGAACAAAGUCAUAUUUGAGAUUUCUAUAUAGUGUUUAAUUUAUGCAUACAAGUUGCUCCAGACCUUUUAAAUUUACAUUAUUCAAAGGAAGAUUGUAUGUAUUACAAUGA